AUGAGUGAAUCUAAGAAGAGGAAAGUUGAAGCAGAGCAUCGAACAUUCAACAAGGAAUGGACUUCUAAAUAUUUUUUUACCAACGUGGAUGAAAAAGCAGUGUGUUUAAUUUGCAGAGAAAGUGUGGCAAUGCUAAAGAAUUACAACUUAAAGCGCCACUUUGAGACCAAGCACUCCAGUAAAUAUGAAAAAUUUUCUGAUGAACAAAAGAGGAAGAAAGCUAACGAGAUGGUUGUUCAAUUACAACAGAAAAAUAUUUUCAGAAAACAAUUUGCAUCCAAGGAUGAUAUUACAAAAGUGAGUUAUGUGAUUGCUCACAAGAUUGCCAAAAACAGCAAGCCAUUAUCUGAAGGAGAAUUUAUAAAGGAAUGUAUGAUUGAUUCUGCCUCUAUUUUAUGUCCAGACAAGAAAAACCAGUUUGAGAAUGUAUGUUUGUCAAGGCGAACAAUUGUAAGACGUGUUGAGAACAUUGCUGAGAACAUGUAUCUGCAGUUUAAAGAGAAAGUAAGGACUUUUGAAUACUAUUCACUGGCACUUGAUGAAAGUUGUCAUGUCAGAGACACAGCACAGUUGUUAAUUUUCAUUCGAGGCAUCACCAAAUAUUUUGAGGUCACAGAAGAAAUGGUAUCAAUGCAGUCACUGAAAGGAACAACAACUGGAGAAGAUUUAUUGGAGGCAGUAAAUAAUUGUCUUUUGAAAUUAGUAGUAGAAUGGAACAAACUGGUAAAUGUGACCACCGAUGGAGGGCCAAAUAUGACAGGUAAAAAUGUUGGAUUGCUAAAAAGAAUUCAAGAUCAAGUCAGAGAAACAAAUGCAGAACAAAAUAUUGUCUUUUCGCACUGCAUUAUUCAUCAAGAAGUCCUUUGUAAGAGUGUUUUAAAUUUAAGCCAUGUCGUUGACACAGUUGUGAAAGUGGUUAAUUACAUUCGAGCAAGAGGAUUAAAUCACAGGCAGUUUAUAACCCUGCUUGAAGACUUGGAAUCUGAUCAUACGGAUGUUCUGUAUCACACAAAUGUGAGGUGGCUUAGUUUGGGAAAAAUCCUGAAAAGAGUUUGGGAAUUGAAAGAAGAGAUUGGCUUAUUUUUGGACAUGAAACAGAAUGCUAUAGACUUCCCACAGUUGAAUGAUGAGAAAUGGCUCUCUGAUUUUGCAUUUGCUGUUGAUAUCAUGGGUCAUAUGAAUGACCUGAAUUCAAAGCUACACGGUAAGGGGGCUUUUGCACAUGAUUUGUACAGCAGUGUCAAAGCUUUCAUGAAGAAAUUACUUCUUUUGUCUCGUCAGAUUACGAACAAACAAUUUGCUCACUUUGCAACCUUACAACAGAUUGAAGUUUGUGAUCAAAAUGUACAGAAGUACUCAUUGCAGCUACUUGACUUGCAUGCCGAAUUUUCACGCAGAUUCCAUGAUUUCAAAUUAAUUGAAAAUGACCUACAACUCGAGCUUAUUGAAAUGCAAUGUGAUCCUUUGCUUUCUGAGCAGAUGAAAACAGUGACUCUUCCCAAAUUCUAUGCCUCACUUAAUGACUGUGCAUUUCCGAAACUAAAGGCUCAUGCUCAAAGAAUGCUUGUGCUGUUUGGAUCUACAUACAUAUGUGAGCAGACAUUUUCGAUAAUGAAGCUGAAUAAAUCAAAACUUAGAUCUGCAAUGACUGAUGAUCACCUUGAACAAGUACUUUUCAUUGCAACAACGGAGGCAACACCUGACUUCAAUGGUCUGGUCAGCAAUCAUCAGCGCUGUCAUCCGUCCCACUGA